AUGGACGUGGACGUGGACAUGAACGUGGACGUGGACGUGGACGUGGACAUGGACGUGGACGUGGACGUGGACAUGGAGGUGGACGAGGACGUGGACGUGGACGUGGACGAGGACGUGGACAUGGACGUGGACGUGGACGUGGACGUGGACAUGGACGUGGACGUGGACGUGGACGUGGACGUGGACGUGGACGUGAACGUGGAGGUGGACGUGGACGUGGACGUGGACGUGGACGUGGACAUCGACCUGGACGUGGACGUGGACGUGGACGUGAACGUGGAUGUGGACGUGGACGUGGAGAUGGAUGUGGACAUGGACGUGGACGUAGACAUGGACGUGGACAUGGACGUGGACGUGGACAUGGACGUGGACGUGGACGUGGAGGUGGACGUGGACAUGGACGUGGACGUGGACGUGGACAUGGACGUGAACGUGGACAUGGACGUGGACGUGGUCAUGGACGUGGACAUGGACGUGGACGACUUGGACGUGGACAUGGACGUGGACGUGGACGUGGACGUGGAUGUGGACGAGGACGUGGACGUGGACAUGGACGUGGACGUGGACGACAUGGACGUGGACAUGGACGUGGACGUAGACGUGGACGCGGACGUGGACAUGGACAUGGACGUGGACGUGGACAUGGACGUGGAGAUGGAUGUGGACGUGGACGUGGACGUGGUCGUGGACGUGGACGUGGACGUGGACAUGGACGUGGACGAGGAGGACUUGGACGUCGACAUGGACGUGGACGUGGACAUGGACGUGGACGUAGACGUGGACGUGGUCGUGGACGUGGACGUGGACGUGGACGUGGACAUGGACGUGGUCAUGGACGUGGACGUGGACAUGGACGUGGACGUGGACGUGGACGUGGACGUGGAUUGGACGUAG